CGCAAUUACGGCACACGCGGACGUCGCUGCUGAAAUCUCCAUGGAGAUCGUGAAAACUAUGGCGGAGAACGAGGAAGAAACAAAUUUACCCCAGUUUGGGGCCCCAACCCCAAGUGUAACAAUAGACAUGUUAGAGACCCGUCCAAACACUCACAUUCUGCUGGAUUCAGUGACGCCAGCAGCUGCAGAAGGUAUACAUAGAGGAGCCAGUAGGCUAGAUCCUGCAGGCGGUGCUGUGAGCAGGGCAUUGAGUGUCGUGAGUGGAAGCAAUGCCCAGGAAAGUCACAUCUCGGAUAUGAUCAAACGUAUGGAGGAAGAUCCCUUUGAUGAAGACCAGACUGAGCUUCGUUUCCUCCACUCUAAGCCCACAUGCUUCAUUAUCCUGGGUAAACCAGGGGUAGGGAAGACCACCUUAGCCAAGAGGUUAGCCCAGGCAUGGAGAUGUCAGAUGGUGAAUGUCACAGAGCUGAUGCUCCAGCAUAUUGACCUCCAGACGGAGAUGGGUGUAAGACUCCAGGAGAUCCUUCAUAAAGGUGGAGCGGUCCCAGAGGAGCUUGCGGUCAAGCUGAUAGAGGAUAAGAUUAACUCACCAGAGGUGGCACAUCAUGGUUAUGUCUUGGAUGAUUUCCCCUGUGUAAAUGAAGAGUACAUGAAUGUUUCAGAUCAACUAGAAUUUGUCAAGAAUUGGAAACUUAAACCAGAUUUCAUCAUUAACUUAAGGAUACCUGAUGAAGACCUUGAGAUGAGGCGGAUUGGACAACGAGUAGAUUCACUAAACAACACACUGUAUGCACAGGAUGUAUGGAACCCUGAGAAACCAGAACCACAGCAGAAGAAAGGAGGUGGAGGAGAAGAUGAAGAGGAGGAAGAGGAAGAAGAGGAGGAGGAAGAAGAACCAGAAAUGAAUCUAGACCCUGAAAUGGGAGAGGAAGAGAAGAUAGAAUUGACGAUGGAGAUUAUUGAGAGAUUGGUUCAGAGACCUGAAGAUCUGAAGCCCCAUGCUGCUGAGAGUAUCAAUGCUUACAAGGAUAAAUUACUCAAGAUGUUUGAGGAUUAUAUGGCAGAUCAUGAUCAGCAGUAUUUGAUUGAGAUGGACGGGAACAAAACGGCUCCUUUCCUCUUCAGAGAACUCAUGAACAAACUCAAUACCUACAUACUCCGUCGGGCUGCCGUACCAAUCCGCCUCCAGAACGCCGAGGAAGAAGACAUCCCUGAUGAUAUUGAGACAGAAGAACUCAUGAGGACGUUGGGCGGGACCAACAUGGUUGCCCCGAGAUACAGGUGGAGGAGGAGCAAGUGGGCGAGGGCGUGUCCUGUUGAGCUGCAGAAAGGGAAUGUUGUCCAGGGAAAGCCGGAAUUCGCAGUUGGAUUCUUGGAUAAGAUCUAUGUAAUGUCAGGCCCUGAUGCUAUGGAGACCUUCUUGAAGAACCCUCGUCCAUACCUAGUUAGUCCUCAGCCCAGACCACCUUGUAAGCUGUGCGUAGUAGGACCACCUCUUUCAGGGAAGACAUCACUAUGUCAUCUGCUCUCUCACAAGUUCAAUGCUAGGGUACUAGAUGUGAAUGAACUAAUCAAAUCACGGAUGGAGUCUCACAAAGCUAAACAGAUUGAACUAGCUAAACAAGAAGCUAUAGAGUCAGCUGUAGCGACAAUCAAAGCCAAACUCAGAGAAAAGGAAGAAACUGGAUCGGAAGGGGAUGGUCCUGAUGAUCACGAUGAUGCCCCUGAAGAGAAAUCAAGAAUAAAGGCAGCUGAAGAAACGGAAGAAGGAGAGGCAGAGGCUUCAGAGGAGAAAGAAGAAGAAGGCGAGACCACUGCCCAGGAUUCUGUAACAGGAGUGACUGAAGGAGACGGUACAGAGACCAUUGCUGCGUCACAGCAUCCCACCGAAGACCUGUCUACCGUUACCGGGGUUGCUCCUACUGUAUCACAGGAAUCUGAAGAUGUGGAUGAAAACCACCCAGAGGUGAUCCAAAUGGUAGAAGCUGCAGUAAAGGAAGCUGAGAAGCUCUCCUACCCCAUUGGUGCUGAUCAAUAUGUAGACUGUGUAGAGGAAGCAGUAGUUGAGAUACAUAGAGAACUCAGAAAGAAAGAUCCUAAUGGACCUAGUGCCGGUGGAUGGAUCAUUGAUAAUUUCCCUCAAUCCCGGGACCACUGGACAGUCUUGCUUGACCGUGGUCUGGCCCCUGAUGAAGUCAUAUGCCUCAAGGACAGCAGCGAUAACGGUCUUUACCUGAUGAAGCGAUGGUACAGACUCAACAGAGAUGAGGUGGACACCAAGGCGAGAGAGAGGAAAGAAGCGGAAGAGAGAGAGAAACAAAGGGUCUUAGAAGAUGCAAGUAAUACAUCUAGGGACCCUACUGGUAGUACUGGACUCAACAGGAUACAAGAGGAACUUGAGAAGGAAGAAGCGGCUAAAGCAGCAGCAGCAGCGGCAGCAGAGGAAGGUGGUGAUGAAGAUGCAGCGGCAAAAACGCAGGAAGAGAAACCUGAAGGAGAGAAAGAAGACGGAGACCAAGAGGGAGGAGAAGCAGAAGGAGAAAAGGAUGGAGAGAAGGAUGGAGAGGCAGCUGGAGAAGGAGGAGCAGGAGGUGGAGAGGAAGGAGAAGCUUCUCCCACUUCUGGUGGAGGGGUGGAGGGUGAUGCAGCACCGGGCGUGUCUGAUGGCGAACAAAAACCCAAAGAAGGCACCACAACCGAUGCAGACCCUACUACUACUGUAACUUCUUAUGAAGAGAAAGCUAAGACUGAGGAAGAAGAAGAAGAAGAGGAACAACCUCCUCCCAUCCCCAUCCCUGAAGAAGAUCCUCUUCCUCCCGAUGGUCCAGAGACGAGCAAGUUCAAAGAUCAGAGGAAUGAGUUUGAGAGGGAGUGGCCGUCCAUCCAAGCUCUUCUCACAGGGACUAUCAACCUUGAACCGAUCCAGAUUGAGAUUGAGAAUAAGAAGACUGAGGAUAUCAUCAAGGAAUCACACACCAUGGUGGAACAACCAUACACCUAUAGACCAUGGGAGUAUAGUAGUAUUGAUAUGGAUGAAGAGGAUGAAGAUGCAGCGGCUGAAGCUGAUGAGGAAGGAGAUGAGAUGGAGGAAGAAGAGGAUGAAGAAGUCACUAAGAAUAAGAAGAAGCAGUUUGGUGAUACCAAGCACUUCUGUCCUGUAGCAUUGAAGGAGAAGUUUGUUUUAUGGCCAGGUAACCCAGAGAUAGCAGCUAAAUACAGGGAGAAGGUCUACUACUGUUCCAACCCAGAGGCUAGGGAUAAGUUCAUCGCUGAACCAACCACGUUUGUGGCUAAAGGAAGGCCGUUUCAGCCUCCUCCUGUGCGGCUGUUAAUGCUUGGCCCCAAGGGUGCAGGCAAGUCCCUCCAUGCCAGAGCUAUGGCAGACAAACUAGGCCUGUUCCACAUCAGCUUCAAAGAUCGGCUUCAGGAACUCAUCAUCAAGAAGACCAAGAAGAAGAUAGGACCAGAGUUUGAAGAGGAGGAGGAGGAGCCAGAAGAGGAAGAGCCAGAAGAAGGACAGAAGGAUGGAAUACCAGUUGUAUCAGAACCAAAUGAUGCUGCUGCUGCAGAACAGACUGAGGAGGACAAUGAAGAAGGGGGAGAGGAGGAGCAGGAGGUGGAGUUGAAUGAGUUUGAAGAGAACAUCAAGGGUAACCUGAUGGGUGAUGAAUCACUCAGCAUAGACUCACUGGAGAAGAUUAUACCAGACUGGUGGAAUCUAGAACCUUACAAAUCAACUGGUUUCAUCUUAGAAGGGUUCCCUCGCACCUCUGAGGAAGCUCAAUUCAUGGCUGAAAACGGUCUCUUCCCGGACGCUGCUAUCCUGCUCAAUGUAGAAGAUUCAGACAUCACAAGCAGAUUGCUCCCGCCCAAGCUGGAGAAGUGGCGCAAGCGACGGGAUCGCAGGGUGGCCAGGAGAGAGAAGCGUAAGGCCAAGAAGAAGAAGGAGCGAGAGGAGGCGAUCAAGAAGCGACGUCAAGAACUCAUCUCAGAGGCGGAUGAUAGGAAAGCAAAGAGACAGGCAGAGUUAAGGGCUCAGAGAGCGGCAGAUAGAGACAGUGAUGACUCCGAACCAUCAGAUGAAGAAGGAUUUGAUGAUGAAGAAGAGGAAGAUAUCGAGGCCAUGCUGGCUGAAGAGUUUGAAGAAGAGGAGGAAGAAGAGGAAGAGGAGGAGGAGUUGGAAGAAGACGCCAUUGAGAGACUGAAGAAUGAAAUUGGUGAGGUGUAUGAUGACGAUACAAGUCGCAUCUCAGGCUUACAGGAAACUCUUGAAGAGAUCAUGAUCCCUCGGAUGGAACUGAACGGAGGUCGCAAGCCUCACAUUGUCCGCUUCACCCUUGAGCAGAGCCUGAGACCCGUCCAGGAGUUCAGAGAGAGUCUCUUUGAGAAGGUGUAUCCGAUCAGAGAGAUGGUAGCUAGGAAGAUGCUUCAGAUUGGUUAUAAACAUCAGUCAAGGUUUGGAAGAUGGUGUCCUGUUAAGCUGCUGGAAGGAGACUGUAUACAACCAAUGCAGGGUCACACCUACCCAACGUUCCCAGCGGUAUACCGUCAGCACAUUUACUUCAUGUCAACCCCUCAAGCUAGGGAGGAGUUUGUCAUGCAUCCAUUGAAGUAUCUGAAGCAACCCUCUCCCAAGCCUGUAGUACCGGUUAGGAUGGCCAUCAUUGGACCACCAAAGUCUGGAAAAACUUCAUUGGCUAAUCGGUUUGCAUCAGAUUACGGUAUGAUGAGACUGUCAAUCGGUGAAGCAGUCAGGUUCAUCUUGACCCAACAACCCAAGACACAGCUUGCUAAACUAAUCAAUGCUCAGAUCAAGAAGGGUAUCCCACUUCCUGAUGAACUUGCCAUUCGAGCCUUAGAGGUCAAUCUCCUGGAUACAAGGUCAUCGACCAGAGGCUACGUCCUUGAUGGUUACCCAGUCACCAAACACCAGGUUGAUCUAAUGACAGAGCAUGGUAUUAUCCCAGUGGUUAUUCUUGAGCUUAGUGUUGAUAGCAGGGAACUCAUGGUCAGAGGAAUGAAAGAUAGACAUUCUUCAGAAAGGUUGUUACCGCUCCAUGACAGCGCUCAGAUCUUAGCUCUGAAGAUUGCUGCCUGGCAGAAAGAGAUUACAUCUGUGAGGGAGUAUUACAAAGAGACUCAUAAGAACUGGGUCAGUGUGACAGGAGAGAAGUCUAAGUGGUGGGUUUGGAACAGAGCUGCCGACCAUUCUAAGGACAGCGUUCGUAGGAUACAAGACUAUCUGCAGAGGAUAUCAGAGGGCAAGGCAGCAUCCAUUGCCGACAUGUGCAUCACUCCAAAGGAGUUCUUCUCCCGUCUUGGUGACUUUGGCCAGUACUGUCCAGUCAGCCUGGCCAAAGAUGGUGAGCUGGUGGACUGCGCUGGACAGAUCAACCUGGACAAUGCUGCAGAGUUCCGUGGUCGCUACUAUAAGAUGGAGAACCCUGAGAAGGUCAAGGAGUUCCUGGCCAGACCAGAGCUCUAUGUGCCACCUCAAGCUCCGAGGGCGUUACCUCCUCCAGAGCUCCUACCUAAGAGGAGAACAGCCAUGGAUGCUAAGAAGAUGUUUCCUAUGCAGAUUGAGCUGCAGGGAUACUGUCCUGUUACCUACCUGGAUGGGAAGCUUAGGUAUGAAGCAAUCCUUCCAGGCAACCCAGAUCUUAUUGUAGAGUACAGGGAAAGGAUGUACUGCUUUGAUUCUGAAGAAAAACUGCAGAAAUUCAUGAGGUAUCCUGAACGUUACUACAACCUGAAGUUACCUCACAAGUUACCCCCCAGGAAGGACCCUCUCCUAGUUACCUCACUGCCUAUGUUAGGUUACAUGGAACAAACAAUCUCAACGGCCAUCACCAAGGCUCUUACUGCAACAGGGUGCUUCAAACCAAAGUUCCCCUUCGUCUCACCCUCAAGAUCAGCGUUGCUAUAUCUGGCAUUCCAUCUCAAAGCAUACAACCCCAAGAGCUCCGACUAUGUCCGCAAGAAGUACCGCAAGAAACUGGACCAAUUUGAGGAGCACUGUGAACUCAUCCGUUACCUAGGCAACCAGAUGGGACCACGAUCCCGUAGUCCCGAAGAGCUUCCUAUUGACUUUGAUCACAAGAUGCUUCUCUUUCUCAAUCUGAAAGGAAGAGAGCCCACACCAUCAACAUUGGUCGCUAUGUAAAUGCUCACGUUCUGAAGGGACACAUCUAUGUGUAUUCAGAGAUGCUCAGAUCCAUGUACGUCUGCCAAUAGGAUUGAUUCAAGCAAGUUUAAAGCCUUUGAAUGCAGAUGUCCUGAAAAUGGCUCAAUCCCUACAAUUGUUUGAAUUAUAAUUGCCUGUGAGGGGACAUUUAAAGUGUCUAAAACUGAGUUGAACUGGAAAAAAAAAGAUAUUAUGAAAACAGCCUCUACUCGACACUUAAAUUUGAUCUGUUGCAGAAUUACUUUUCUGGUAUAUAUUUACAUUUUCUUUUGAUAGACUGAAGUUUAGAAAGGGCUUAUGUUCUUUGAGCCAAAGUCAAGCAAGAUUUGAAGCUAUUUAGAAGAAAUGAGAAAUUCUUGAAGAUUGUUUUAUCUGUAUGCUUAUUCAAACUUACAAGCAACAUGACUUCUGCAGAUUGUAACUACACCUUAACAGAUUCGAAACUGAUUUCUAUUGUCUUUAAGAUCUCUGGAUUGAAAAGUCAUGUAUCUUACAUUGGCUCUUGUCAAAGUUUCAUUUAUGUUGCUAUUUUAUAUUAUUUGCAUCUACCACCGAAAAGGCAUCUUCCAAUAUUAUAAAGGUGCACACUGCUCAUUCUUACUCUGUAAACAUACAUGCGAGCAUGUACUUCCAUGACAGGAUUAUGGAAAUUACCUAAUAGGUAAGAACUUUCAGGCAAAGGGAUCAUAAUGCGUAAGGUAUUGCUUGAAGAGAAUGACUGAAAGGUUUAUUUUAUGUUUAGUGCAAAGACUUUUUCAUAUUCUGCCACUGUGAAACAUGGCUGUCUUGCAAAGGAUAUGCAUCAUAUUUAUUGAAGAAAAAAAAAAAUCUUUAAUAGAGGUGCCUUUAUUUCUCUUGGACAAUUCAUCCUAUUAUGUUAUUACAAAUUGAAUAAAAGAUUUAUGAUUCAUAUUCAUUUUGACUAGCUUUCAUUCCGUCCUCAUUUCCACCUUAUACAAAUGUGUGUGUCCAUUGUCGAUUAUAUGCAAAUUGUACCAACUGUUUUCACCACAAAUGCAACUGCAAUAUACUUAUAUUUCAUCUUGUGCUUUUAUUGAAGAUUUCCACUAGAGGUGCCAUCAUUUAUCAACGAAUUGAUAUACUGUGUACAUGACCUUAUAAUUCUUUUGAUAUUCAAUAAUGAUAUUGAUACUGUGCAGCUUUUUUUUUUAUUGUACUAGAAAUUUCCAGGAGCUUGUUGCAGAAAGAGCUGUAUUUAAUUGCAACUAAAAGAUUAAUUCACAAGUCCCAAAUACAUGGUUGUGAUUGGGUGUCAGUCAAGUUGUGUUUAAUUACAACUCUUUCUGAAACAGGCCCCAGAUUCUUGUCUGUGAUUCACACAGAUUGAUAAAAUCAAGCAUGUCAAGAAAAUCUAGAAUAUAGCAGUUAUCUCUUCUAAAAUGGAAAGAGAAGGUGGAUGUAAUCUUAUAUGAAUAAGAUACAAUUCUACUCAAAAAGCAACCUAAGCAAGAAUCACUCUGUAAUUGUAUAUUAGGACGCACUCCAAUGUUGCCUACAACUUGUAAAGUGAAUAUUUCUUGUCACUUUGAACAGAGUUGUUGAUAUAUUUAUCAUUUUUGUAUUUUAGAUAAUAUGUAUAAUUGUAAAUAACAGACAUUAUGGAAUGUUAUUCUAUAUUAUAGAGUUAAAAAAUUGUAAUUCUGUGUCAAGAAUUUCUUGUAAAGAUAUUUUGUAUUUUGAUGUGUUUUUGUAAAUAUUUGAAAUGACUAUGUAAAUUUGAAUUAUCACUUGUAAUAAAUUUCAAGAC